AUGGCACUACGUUUUAGGCAGCGACGUACUGCAGCUCAGAUAUGUCACAUUCUUCACAGAAACCUGGCACCUAGACAGAAGAGAUGCAUUUUGACAGGAAGCAGCAUUGACCCUGCUCAUGGCCUUGGAGAUGAUCAGAGGCAGAUCCAGCAAGUGGCUCUAGAUUUUGCACAGAAUGAACUAGCUCCAAAUAUGCAACAAUGGGAUGCAGAGGAAAUCUUUCCAGUUGAGUCACUGAGGAAAGCUGCUAGUUUAGGCUUUGGGGCUGUCUACUGCAGUGACCAGUUUGGCGGUACAGGACUAAGUCGGCUGGAUGCCUCUGUGAUAUUUGAGGCUCUGGCUACAGGAUGUUGUAGUACAACAGCAUAUAUCAGCAUACAUAACAUGUGUGCCUGGAUGAUUGACAAGUUUGCUAGUGAUGACUUACGAUCAAAGUGGAUUCCUAAACUGGCAUCCAUGGAAGCGUUUGCCUCUUACUGUUUAACGGAGCCAGGAGCUGGGAGUGAUGCAGCAUCAUUGAUCACCAGUGCAAAGAAGGAUGGUCAAGACUAUGUCCUGAAUGGAGCCAAGGCAUUUAUCAGUGGGGCUGGAAAAUCUGAUGUCUAUGUUGUGAUGUGUCGCACAGGAGACCAAGGAGCCAAAGGUGUGUCUUGUAUUCUUGUCGAGAAGGGAAGCCCUGGUUUGUCUUUUGGCAAGAAAGAAAAGAAGGUUGGCUGGAACUCUCAUCCAGCAAGUAUCGUGUCUUUUGAUGACUGCCGAGUCCCUCAGAGAAACCUGGUCGGCGUUGAAGGUCAAGGGUUCAGCAUUGCCAUGAGAGGAUUAAAUGGAGGCAGGAUUAAUGUGGCAUCGUGUUCACUAGGCGCAGCGCUGGCAGCAAUACAGCAUGCUAGAGGUCACAUGAAAGUCAGGAAGCAGUUUGGGAAAACUCUGGACAGCUUUCAGUAUCUGCAGUUCCGGCUAGCAGAAAUGGCUACCCAGUUGGUAGCAUCCCGCCUAAUGGUUCGCAAUGCAGCCACAUCUCUGGACAAUAAAGACCCUAAUGCAGUGGCUUUGUGUUCUAUGGCCAAGCUGUUUGCCACUGAAGAAUGUUUCAAGAUCUGUAAUGAUGCCAUGCAGAUAUUUGGUGGCUAUGGUUACCUGAAAGAUUACCCUGUUCAACAAUACAUGAGAGACACAAGAGUCCAUUGCAUCUUAGAAGGAACAAAUGAAAUCAUGCGGUUACUUGUAGCACGAGAUAUUUUAACCGAGAGAUGA